GAUCGCACGUACGAAUUUAGUGAACGGAAAAAAGGUUUAAAGUUUUGUUGCCACACUAAAGAAAAAAGAUUUUUUGUUUACUCACAAGAAAGAAAACAAAAACAAACAAGAUCUACUCUAGUUACAAAAAAUAGUGUAUUAAGCAAAUAUUUACAUAAAAAAAACAAAUUAAAAAAACGACAAAUUUAAUUAAAAACCAAGAAACACACACAAACAUAUCGCUACGUUCGUUGCCUCACACAUUUUGGAUUACGGUUACGGGCCUCGUUCGUUCAGCCACCAUCACAAUCAUUAUCGUCGUCUCAAAAACAAACAAAAAAGAAACAACAACAACAAGAAGAAGAAGAAAAAAGUUCAAGAAACGUGCACUAUGGACGUUCCCAAUUAAAUGAAGUGAAGUGGAAGAAGUAUCCGAAUCAGUGUAAUUUGAUAAGAAAUUUUUGGAAAGCCAAAAAUGAAGCAUUCAAAAGAACAACAAAAUUCAUAAUCAGAGUAGUUAACGAAAAAAAGAAGAAAAAAAAUCACCACCAUCAUCAACUCAAUUGAAGAGGAAGGAGGUCAACGUUCUCAUCAGCAACACGAACAACACGACUAGCUGGAGAUGGCUUUAAUAUCGAAAACCAUCCUAUCGGUGCUCAUCUCAUUCAUUAUUCCGGUACUCGGUGCGGCCCUUAGCAAAACGGUUUUGUAUCAGGCGCCCGACGAGUGUCGUUGGUCCGGUGCGAAUGAAGUUGACAUCACCUUGGUGUGCCAUUUGCGUACCAUCAACUCGGAACUCGAAAACACAAACUUUAGCGUCAUAAAACCGCAAAAUACCAUACGGUUGAGACUGGAGUGCAAUGAUGCGUUGUUCUUUCAGAGCACUCUCAGUCCGGACAGCUUCCGUUCGCUCGUCGAGUUGCGUGCCCUUUCUAUCGAAUACUGCAAAUUGGGCAAUUUGACCGACGGUUCGUUCCGCGGCCUGCAGGACUUGCGCAAUCUGACCAUACGCACUCACAACGGCGACUGGUCCACCAUGUCGCUGGACAUCUCGCCCACCAGCUUCAGCGAGUUUCGCCAAUUGGAUCGUCUCGACCUGAGUCUCAACAAUAUUUGGCUUAUACCGGAUGGCAUGAUCUGCCCUCUGAAGGUGUUGAAACACCUCAACAUCUCGCACAACGAAAUCCAAGACAUUGGCAAUUUCCACUUCAGCGCCUCGCUCAGCACCCGCAAAUCACGCAUUUGUGGUUCCUCGCUGAACAGCAUCGAUUUGAGCCACAACAAGAUAGCCAAUUUACCAUCGGCCAUAUUCUCGGGGUUGGGUCGUCUAGUCAACCUGAAUUUGGCUCGCAAUGGUAUGAAUUUCAUCGCUGACCGCGCCUUUGAGGGUCUGGUUUCAUUGCAGGUCAUCGAUUUGUCGGAAAAUCGUCUAACCUCUCUGCCGCCAGAGCUCUUCUCGGAGGCCAAGUUCGUCAAGGAGAUCUAUUUGAAGAACAACAGCAUUAAUGUCCUUGCCCCCGGCCUAUUCAGCGAGCUCUCUGACCUGCUUGUCUUGGACAUGUCGGCCAACGAACUCAAUUCGCAGUGGGUUAACUCGGCGACAUUUAUUGGCCUUAAACGUCUGGUGUUGCUCGAUCUGUCAGCCAAUAAGAUCAGCAAAUUGGAGGCCAAUCUCUUCCGCUCGUUGACAAGCCUACAGGUACUUAAACUGGAGGAGAACUACAUCGAUCACAUCCCCGAUGGGGCUUUCACUGAUCUGACCAACUUGCACACGUUGAUACUGUCGAACAAUCGCAUCUCCACCAUUGGGCCAAACACCUUUCGUGGCUUGUAUGGCAUUUUGGUGCUCAGCUUGGAUUACAAUCGCAUUUCGAAAAUCGACACGCAAGCCUUGAAGAACUGCUCCAGCAUACAGGACCUACAUUUGAAUGGCAACAAACUGCAAAUCAUUCCCGAUGCUCUCUCCUAUGUGCCAUUGUUGAAGACUCUCGACCUGGGCGAAAACCUGAUCACGAGCAUUGAAAACACGUCCAUUACCGCCAUGGAGAACCUGUACGGCCUGCGCCUCACCGAAAACGCCAUCGACCACAUCAGACGUGGUGUAUUCGAUCGCAUGACUUCGUUGCAAAUACUGAAUUUGUCUGGCAACAAAAUCAAAGGCAUCGAGGCCGGUGCCUUGCAUCGCAACAUUCAGCUGCAGGCCAUUCGCUUGGAUAGCAAUCAUUUGAAAAACAUUGCGGGACUUUUCACCGACUUGCCGAAUUUGGUGUGGCUCAACAUCUCGGACAAUCGCCUGGAGAAGUUUGACUAUUCGCACAUACCCACCGGCCUGCAGUGGCUGGAUGUGCGCGCCAAUCGCAUUGCCCAGCUGGGCAACUACUUUGAAAUUGAGAACGAACUCAGUCUUACCACUUUCGAUGCCAGCUCCAAUCUGCUGAGCGAAAUCACGGCCGGCUCCAUACCAAACAGCAUUGAGGUGUUGUAUUUGAACGACAACCUCAUUGGCAAAAUUCAGCCAUACACAUUUUUCAAGAAGCCCAACCUCACACGUGUGGAUCUCAUACGCAACAAGCUGACAACCCUUGAGCCGAACGCUCUGCGUCUCUCGCCCAUUCCCGAUGACCGCGACAUCCCCGAGUUCUUCAUUGGCCACAAUCCCUUCCAGUGUGAUUGCAAUCUCGAUUGGCUGCAAAAGGUGAACAUUGAGACGCGCACGCAGCCCAAGCUCAUGGACUUGGAUCAGAUCUACUGCAAAUUGUCGUACGCACGCGGCAAGACCCAUGUGCCCCUUAUCGAGGCCAAAUCCAGCGACUUUUUGUGCAAAUAUGAGACUCAUUGCUUUGCCCUAUGCCACUGCUGUGACUUCUAUGCAUGCGACUGCAAAAUGGAAUGCCCCGACCGCUGCUCCUGCUACCACGACCAGUCAUGGACUUCAAACGUGGUCGACUGUUCGCGUUCGGGCUACGAUCGUGAGCUGCCUUCUCACAUACCCAUGGACUCGACACAGCUGUAUUUGGAUGGCAACAAUUUCAAAGAAUUGUCAAGUCAUGCCUUCAUCGGUCGCAAGCGCUUGAAGGUCUUGCAUCUGAAUCACUCGCGCAUUGAGUUUGUCCACAAUCGCACCUUCUAUGGCCUGCUGGAGUUGGAAGUGUUGCAGCUGAAUCACAACAGCCUGCGCCAACUGAAUGGCAACGAAUUCCAAGGGCUCGACAACUUGCAAGAACUCUAUUUGCAGCACAACUCAAUAGCCAGCAUCGACUCGCUGACAUUCACGCAUCUGUACCAUUUGAAGAUACUGCGCCUCGAUCACAAUCUCAUCACCGAGUUUGCCGUGUGGAACUUUUUGCCUCCCUAUCUCAAUGAGUUGCGUCUCACCGGCAAUCCUUGGUCAUGCAAUUGUGGCUUUGUGGACAAGUUCCGCGAAUACAUCAAUCGCCACGAGGCUGUGCAAGAGAAGCCCAAGUUGCGUUGCUCCGCCUUGGCAGGCACCAAUGGCACCGUGGCCAUCAAUGCCACCGCCGCUCUCACGCAACAGCCCAUCGAACAGUUCGCCCUCUAUCUGAGCCCCGAAGUCCUCAAGGAUACCACCAUACGCUACCUGGUCUGCGGUGGAGUGCAACAGCAACAGCUGCUGGGAUCCAGUGGCGCUGCCGACAUCAGCGAUAAUGUCAUCAUCAACGGCAACAUGACCUCCACCAAAAUGAUACUGUCGCAGCCACCCAUGCACGACUAUGUGCCCAUCUUGGUGGCCAUUCUAACCGGCUUUGUGUUUGUGAUCAUUUGCACCAUGCUGGUGUUCAUCUUCAGACAGGAAAUGCGCGUUUGGUGUCACUCACGCUUCGGCGUUCGUCUCUUCUACAACGGCAACAAAGACAUGGAUAAGAACGAAAGGGAAAAGCUCUUCGAUGCCUUCAUCUCCUACAGUUCAAAGGAUGAGGCAUUCGUCACAGAGGAAUUGGCGCCAUUGCUGGAGCAAGGCGAUACACGCUACAAACUCUGCCUGCAAAGUCGUGACUUCCCUGUGGGUGGCUACAUGUCAGAUGCCAUCGUGCAGGCCAUCGAUACAUCGCGGAGGACCAUUAUGAUAUUGUCAGAGAACUUCAUCAAAUCCGAGUGGUGUCGUUUCGAGUUCAAAUCAGCCCACCAGUCGGUGUUGCGCGACCGCAGACGACGCCUCAUUGUCAUAGUGCUGGGCGAAGUGCCCCAGAAAGAUUUGGAUCCAGAUCUCCGCUUGUAUUUGAAGACCAAUACCUAUUUGCAAUGGGGCGACAAGCUGUUUUGGGAAAAGCUACGUUUUGCCCUGCCCGAUGUGCCCAACAAUCAGCGCAGGCCACAUGGGGUGGGUGGUCACUGCACAGGUGUCGGUGUGCAUAUGCCCAUGGCACCCCAUCACCAUCACAUGCAAACCCACCACCUGCAUCACAUGCACCCUCAAGCCCAACUGCAACAACAUCACCUGCAACAUGCGAGUUUCCGCUCGCAGAUGCAUCACAACAUCAAUGGCAGUAGGCAGAACCACAACCGAAACACCGCCGUAGCCGCACCACAACCCCAGCAACAACAGUCAACAGUAUUGAUGGGCCCACCACCCUCCUGCCAGAACAUAGCGCCGCAGCAACAACAGCCGCUGCCGCUACCUCCAACUGGAGGCCAAAGCAGCAUACAACACCAGAGUCUGCCACUGCCGCCCUGCCCCAGUCCACGCAGUGCCACAACUCACUCCUCCAUUGGGGGAGCCUCCACCAAUUCCGGAAGGUCGGUGGCCGUCCACAUUUAAUUUAAGCAGGUAUCAACCAUCAGUGUGUGAUAGGCCCAAAUGUGAAGGGGUGGGUGGGGUCGCGCUCAUUUUGCCAGCGAAACCAUUUUUCCAAGUUAGGCAGACUGCUGGUCAGGUCGUACUACCACCAUGGCCAUUGAUCUUUUCCAGUCUCUUUGUUAUGUUCCAGUGCCAGUCAAUCAUUUUAAAUGAUUUGUGUCUGUGUGUGUGUGUGUGUAUCUCUCUUUCACCAGAGAUUCGUUGCAUCUAUGUUGCCGCCAAUUCACGUUUUUAUGAUCUUUCCUUUGGUCUGUUUUUGGCCGAAGAGAAGGCGAAAGACACCAAACGAACGAACGAACGUACGAACGUUAAUGGGGAACGGAAAACCUAUUACAACAGCAGGCCGAUAAACAUGAGACGAACGAUGAAGGCAACAGUCAAACUGUCAGAGUGGCACACAUUCGACGGAAAGACUGGCCGUGAGUGAGUGAGCUACAAACAAGGUAGAAAAAUUAUGGAGGUAGUAAUGACGGAAGGAGAUGGCCAAAAUAAUGUGCAAAAGGAGCUCAACCUCAGAGCCACAGACGUUUGCACCGUGCUUGGCCAGCCAUACAGAACCUUUUGGCACAAUGUUAAGGCCAAAUAGCCAAAGAAGCAACACAAGCACCAACAGGCGUAGCAAACGAGCCAAGAUGCAAAUGAGCUGCCGUUGUCCGUGGCCACAAUUGAGCUGCAUUUUGGUGUGCUUGUUGCGCUUUGCGGUGAAAUCAUUGAAACGCGUUUGUCUCGGUCCGUCCGUCUGUCUGUCCGCUUGUUGUUGUUUUGUGUGCUGUUUCCUUUUCCACCUUGUAAUGAUUCUGAAAAUUGAUGUUGCAUGCUUCGAAGGCAGACAAAAACAAUUCAUACCAAAAAUUUGCAACUAAGUGCCCAACAUAGGCAUACAUAGAGUGGCAGGAUGCAAGAAGCAGGCAAGCAAAACAAAACCAACCGGCAAACAUUUCACACAGCCAUGUUAGCCAUAAGACAUCAACUUGCUUGCAGCUCGCUGGCAAAAUGCAAACUUCCAGCCACAAGCAUGCACUUACACCAGACAGACGAAGGCACACAGCCAAAAACGAAUGUCUUGCAAUUUGGCGGUCACUAAAUGUUAACGGACACUUUUCCUGCAGGGUGCAGGGUGCAGGGUGUUGGAAAUGAAAGAGAAAUAAAAUGGGGACAGCUAAGUAGGUUCUUUUUUUGGGGGUUUUUACGACAUUCAGCCAAAACGUGGUGGCAUUAGCCAGCCACCCAAAAUAGAUUUACUUGCAAAAUUAUCUUCAAUUCUAGAAGUCGACCACUGGCAUAGGCCGCAAAAACAAAUUGCUACAUUUGUAGCACAGCCCAGCAGCGGUUGGUGCCGAGGUUGGCGAAAGGCCACAAAUAUUCAAAAUUUUCAAAGAAAUCCGAAAAACGAAAUGCUUUCCAAAUGGCUGCUUGACUACCUGCCUGCUGGAUAUCCUCCCAAAUGGAAAAUGGGUGAUUUUUUGGCAAAAUGGUUCGAUCGCAUUGCCUCUGACCCAAAACACAAGAAAAUUCAAAACGAAUUGUAAACAUUCCAAUAAACUUGAAAGGGGCCAUUGUAAAUAGUUGGUAAGAGCAGCAGCCCAGGCCACACCAAGGCGAGGAAACGAAGCACACAAGUUUCUACUAUUGAGCAAAAAAACAAAAAUGUUGAACAAAUAAUUGUUGUUUUUCAAAAUCAAUGAAUAAAUGUGAUAUAAAUGUUAUAUGUAAGCCUAUUAUAAAACAAAAAACAAAAAAAAAAACAAAAAAUUUUAAAUGUAAAAUACAAACAUUGCCCAAAAGUAAUUGCGGAUUUUUCAUAUAGUCGGCGUUGACAAAUUUUUUCAACGGCUUGUGACUCUGUAAUUGCAUUCUUUCUUCCGUCAGUUAUCAGCUGUUACUUUUAGCUUGCUCUAAAAAAAAAAUGUCUAAAAAAAGUAUAUUUGAUUAAAGUUCAUUCUAAGUUUUUUAAAAAAUCCGCAAUUUCUUUUUGGGCAACCCAAUAUAUGGCCUUCUUGUCCUACUAAUAUAACCUGUGAACGAGAAAAAUGUAAAAUUGUAAAUUUCUCCACCACACUACUCCACUCUGAUAACUAUUUAGGAUUCUAAGACUUGAUUUGGGUAUACCUCCCAGAGGUUUAAAACCCCAGCCCUCAGUCAGUAGGGUGUUGAGCCUCCAGGGGGAUAAUACAAUAUAUGUAAAUAUAUAUAUAGUUUUUUUUUUAAGGAAAACAAAGAAGGUACUUAAGAGAGCAGAGUUACCUACUCCACCGCCUCCCAACAACACCACCUCCAAUUGAAACUGAUACAACAAACAGCCAUAUUUUGUAAAUUUAGUGAAACUCUCGCAACCAACGAAUGAGAUUUUUUGCAUCCCAUUCUUCUCUGAUGAACCUCUGAGUAUUUGUUUGUAAGAAUUGCUCGAAAUGUAUUGUGUACUUGUGUUAAAUAGUGACUGAUUAUGUUUAUAAGCUAGUUGUGUAAAUACGAAAGCAAAAGCAAUCUUUUCCAAUCUCCUCCUCUUUUCCUACCAUUAUCAUGCCACCCUCGAACUUAGCUCUUAAACCGCGUAUGGUAUUAAUUUAUUUCCCGCAUUAUUUGUUUGAUUUGUGCUAGUUUUACACAUUUUGUUAGCCAGUAAGUAGCAUUAAUUUAACAAUUUUCUAAAUUUUAGUCUAAACACAAAACAAAAAAUUCGAAUCGAGUCUGAGAAGGAGAGACGAACGAGAAAAUACCCUACUAAGAAAACCAACAAAAGACAAUAAAAAAGAAAAAAACAGAAAACAAAUAUUGAAAAUAUUAAAACAAAAAAAAAAAAAACGCAAGUGUUUUUCUUUUCCAACUGGGAGGGUUAAGGGAAUUUUCUCAUUUUCUUAUUUUUUUAAGGGAGGAUGCUGUCAUUUCCAAGGAGGCCAAAUGAUUAAUGCCCGUUACGAAUUGCUGGUUGUUUGCAGGGCG